UAGGUUGAAAGCUUUUAUUCCAUAGGUUUGUUUGUGUAAAAACAAACACAUAAGAACUGCACAGCCUGUAAUGCACCCCCCCACCCCACAAUUUCUGCCUUUUUCUUCAAUAAUUCCAUAUAACCACCAAUAAUCACUCAUCAUCUCUGCCAAAAAGAACCAUUAAUGAUUUUCAAAAAUGUAAUCUUUACCCCAAUUAUGAUCCCCCAUGCAUAGAAUAGAAUAUACUACUACUCACCACCCCCACUAUUAAAAAUUGGGAAAAAGUCAAACCCGCUUUUGUUUCUUGAUUUUGCCUAAUCCCUUCUCCGUUUCUUGCAAAUCUUGGUUUGUUUUGGGAUUAUCUGAAGUGGGCUCUUCUUGUUUUUGCCUUUUUUAACUCCAGUUUCGAUGUGUUUUUUAACAGCUUGCUUUGGACUAUGUGUGGAAAUUGACUUUGGAUUGUGUUUGUUGAGGGAGCGGUGGUGUGCCAUUUUGAGGAUACAGAGAGAGAAAAAGGUGAGCUCGCCUCUUAUAUAGAAUAGCAUAUUGGCAGAGAAACGCAACGCAUAAAGCCUACACACAUACACGUAUAUAUAUAUAUAUAUAUAUAUUGUGUUAGGCAUCUGUACUGCCAGCAGCAUUUCUGUGCUGCGCCGCUCGUGUGCUGCCAAAAUUCCCAAAAUACCAUCUUCACAACUCACAGAUCUCAAGGCCCAUUUAUUUAAAGCUUGGUGUUGGUGUUUGUUUAUUUUCAAGAAAUGGUGUUUUGACACUUAUUUAUACCGAAGAUUGGGUUUUUUUCUUUUUCCCACCUUUCCUUCAGUUUCAAACCAUCUGCCGAGUCAAAGUACAGAGAACUUGGGGGAGGUUUUGAGCCUUUGUUGGGGGAGUUGGUUUUGCUUUGUUUAUGGGGUUGUAGGAGAGGUGGAUGACUGUGAGUUGAUGCAGUGGCCAUAAUCAAAGGGGGGUCGGUGAUACUGUUGGGAUUUUUGGGUUGCUUUGCAAGAAAUUCAAGGUACAGUACUCGUUUUUCAACCCUUUGAAGCCUAUGGGUCGCUUGGUUUCCCAUUGGUUUUGUGUUAUUUUAUAGCUUUUCCAAGUGUUGUGAUGUCAAAUUAUCUUGAAUUGGAAUCUUCUUACUUGUGGAGUUUGUAAGGGGGCAUAGUACGAGGACUUGCUAAGGCAUACUGUGGGUUUAUUCACCUGUUUUCCAUGGUUUAGGGAGUGAAACUCGGGCCGUGAUUGUGGGAAUUUGGGUUCAUUUAUAAAGGGUGGGAGUGUUAUUCUGAAAUGAUAUUAGGAUAGUUCUUGUGGUUUAAUGUGGAUUUCUAAGGGAAACCCCAUUGCAAGAAAUGUUGAGUGUUGGUGAGGGUGAAGAGAUUUUCUUUGAUACUGCUGAUCAUUUGGUGUCUGAGGAGUCUGUUGUUGUGACAGAAGGUUGGAUGUGUGGCAUUUCGGAUUAUGAUAUUUGGUUGAGGGAGCCGCGGAGUGUUAGGGAGAGAAGGGAAAAUUUUCUAUCUAGGAUGGGUUUUGUUGAGUGUUCAAUGCUUGUUGAAUCAGAAACGAUGAGGUCCGAACGAAUAAUGGAGUCUAGUGGAUCAUUGAGUGCCAGCAUUGAUGAGAAUUUGCUAUCCGAAAGACGCAAAUCGAACAGUGAAGCAAAUUGUUCGAUUGAUUAUUCCGAUGACGAUUGGUUGGAUAGUAUAAGCAUUGAUGUGGAGGCCAUAGACAUAAAUGAAAACCUUGUGUCUGAUAAAGAAUGUGAAAUGAAACAAAUUCAGGCUUGUCUAGGAGAUAGCCCAAGAACUAGUAAGAAAAAGAAGAAAGUGAUGAGUUGGUGGAGACACUUCACGCAGAAGAUGAAGAAAAACCAGGCGAUAGAUGCCUCUGAGGAACCAAAAGUAUGUGCUGAUGGUGGAACAAUGACUCGUAUGAUGAUAGAACAGAACAGAAAGAGGUGUAUGGAGUGCACUGCUGUUUAUACGGGGCAAGAACUUAAAGCCCACAAUGGCCUAAUCUGGACCAUGAAGUUUAGUCCCGAUGGCCAAUAUCUAGCUAGCGGUGGUGAAGAUGGGGUAGUUUGCAUAUGGCGUGUUACAACGAUAGAUGCCAUUUGCAAAGAUGAUAAAUGCAGUUUUGGUAGCCCGGAUGUCAAAGGCAAAUCCAGCCCUCAAAAGAAAAAAUCAAUUCAUGCAUCAGUUAUCAUCCCCGAAAGGAUCUUCCAUAUUGAAGAAGAGCCACUGCAGAAGUUUCAUGGUCAUACCAGUGAUGUCCUGGACCUCGCAUGGUCCACGUCUAAUCAUCUUCUAUCAUCGUCCAUGGACAAAACCGUUCGUCUAUGGCACGUGGGCUCUGACAAAUGCAUCGGAGUUUUCCAUCACAAUAAUUACGUAACGUGCGUUCAAUUCAAUCCUUUGGAUGAGAACUACUUCAUCAGUGGCUCCAUAGAUGGUAAAGUUCGAAUUUGGGGUAUCCCAAAGAGAAGAGUUGAGGAUUGGGCUAAUGUGCGAGACAUAGUGACAGCAGUAUGUUACCAGCCAAACGCAAAGGGAUUCGUUGUUGGUUCUGUUUCUGGUACCUGCCGUUUCUAUGAACUAUCAGGCGAUGAGCUACUGCUGAAUGCAGAGAUAAACAUCCAGGGCAGGAAGAAAUCGUCUGGCAACAGAAUUACUGGCAUUCAGUUUAUGAAAAACGACUCUCAAAGAGUGAUGAUAACAUCAGAGGACUCCAAGAUUCGUAUCCUUGACGGGCUUGAGGUUGUCCACAAGUACAAAGGUCUGACAAAGUCGGGUGGUCAGAUGUCAGCGUCAUUUACUUCAAGUGGAAAGCACAUAGUAUCCAUUGGCGAGGACUCUCGUAUUUACUUGUGGAAUCACGAAGACUUAUGCAUCCAAACAUCCAAACAAGCCAAAUCUACACGUUCCUGCGAGCAUUUCAUCUCUGAAGGUGUGACGGUUGCAUUACCCUGGUCAGAUUCAGACAACAGUUCUCCGUCCACCGUGCCGACACACGACCACCAAGAGUCCUCAUCAAGGAUAUGGGAUUCAGAACGUUUCUCCCUAGCAAACUGGUUUUCCAUGGACGGAUCAUCCAGGGCCUCGUUAACAUGGCCCGAAGAAAAGCUUCCUUUGUGCGAUUUGCCAUCUGUAGAAAAUGACAGCCAGCCGUACAUUUGUUGUGGCGAUCAUCUUCAUCAUCACCAGCAGCAUAAGGCCGCCACCAGGCACGGGCCCAGAAUUUUACCCACAACGUGGGGUCUUGUGUUCGUGACGGGUAACAUGAAUGGCACGAUCAGAACGUACCAUAACUAUGGAUUGCCCCUUAGACUCUAGGAGUUGGUAAUUUACUUACCUAAUCCAACCGGUUUCAAGAGAAUCCAUGAACUUCCCACUUGAAAUUUUAGACGUUUGAAUCAUCGGUCAUAAUUUUUGUUAUGAUGGAGGCUUAAGAUACGGCUCAAACGAUCACUUUCAAGCUUCAGAAGCACGGUAUGAGUCUUGAUACUGCAAAUCUGUUCAAGGAACACCUGCACUUUAGCUGUUUGAUUUCUUGAACUGCAGAAGGUCAAGAGUGUCGGCCUUCGAUGAUCCGAUUAAUCUACCUCCCAAGUAAAUUCUUUUAGGCUUAGGUUACGGAAGCAACAAGCUGUGAAGUUUUAUUGUUCAAUUCAUUUUUUCAACUGAUCACAAGUUUCAAAUGUAAAUGACAUCAUAUUAGGCAGAAAUGGAAGAGUUUUACUGCUUAAAUUGAACAAGAUUAUUGUAUUCUUAUUUAGUAUACUAGCAUUCAUGUGUAAGGUUUAAUUACUUGUAUCUUAGCAGUGUUAAUAGCUUUAAAGUCUCAAAUGAUUGCUCUGUGGGUUGGAGAUCUACUCACUCAAAGCCUUUAUGGCUUACAUUUUUGUAACAAGUU